AUGGGAAAGAAGAAGGAUAAGGGGAAGAAACCCUUAAAUGAACCUGAUUCACCCACUAAAGCUCUUUCUGAGCACUCAGAAAACCUUAGUAAAGCCCUUACCAGUAAACCAGACCCCGCUAAAAACCUUCAACAAUGGAUUGAAGAACUUAGUAAAUCUCCAGAAAUAGUAAAGGCGCUUCAAAAUAUAGCAUCCUCUUCUACAGAGAACCCAGGUAUGAUUUCUCAACCUAAAGCGAUCGUAUCCGCUCAUGAUACGGCUACUCCGUCUCAAACGGUAGGCGAUAAAGAGUUAUCAAAUCCGUUAAAGGGUGUGGCUUUGCCAAAAAGCCAAUUAUCAUUUACUUCUAAAAACCCUGACUUUGGGAUUCAAAAAGCUAAGUGUCAAGCUAGGUUAGCUGCAGCUAAAACACCUGAAGAGUAUAAAUUGAUCUGUGAAGAAAUGUUCCAACUACUCUCUACCAGUUCAGAUCCACAGGUAAAACCUUCAUCCAGUAAAAUUCAAGCAGCGUCUUCAAGUCAAUCAUCGACCAAGACAGCUCAUAAAGGUAAAGGAAAAAUAUCAUCAUCAUCUUCAUCGGAUACCUCCAGCUCAUCCUCUGAAGAUAGUGAUAUCCUCUGA